AUGGAGGAGCCAGGGGCGUCCUGCUCCAGGCAAGACCGCGCUGUGGCCUGCCGGGAGCUGCUCCUGGCCGCCUUGGAGGAUCUGAGCCAGGAGCAGCUGAAGCGCUUCCGCCACAAGCUGCGGGGCGCGCCUGAGGGCAGCCGCAGCAUCCCCUGGGGGCGACUGGAGAACGCGGAUGCCAUCGACCUGGUCGAGAGGCUGGUAGAGUUCUAUGGACCAGAGGGAGCGCUGGAAGUAGCCCGCAAGUCCCUGAAGAGGUCAGACGCGCGUGAUGUGGCUGAGCGACUCAAGGAACAGCGGCUGCAGUGCUUCGGCCCCUGCCCCUCACCGCAGCUCUCACUGUCUGAGUACAAGAAGAAGUAUCGGGAACACGUGCUGCAGCUGCACGCUAAGGUGAAGGAGAGGAAUGCGCGCUCUGUCAAGAUCACCAAGCGCUUCACCAAGCUGCUCAUCGCGCCAGAGAGCUCUGACUCGGAGGAUGAGGCGCUGGGGUCCGUGGAGGAGCCAGAGCCCCGGCGUGCGAGGCGCUCCAACACUAACACCUUCAAGAGGUUGUUCCGCCGUGACGAGGACGGCCGGCGGCCGCUGACUGUGGUACUCCAGGGCCCAGCCGGCAUCGGCAAGACCAUGGCGGCCAAGAAGAUCUUGUAUGACUGGGCCACGGGCAAGCUGUACCAGGACCAGGUGGACUUCGCCUUCUUCUUGUCUUGUCAUGAACUGCUGGAACGACAGUGCUCUCGCAGCUUGGCCGACCUGGUCCUGGACCAGUGUCCUGACCGCAGCGCGCCUGUGCAGCAGAUGCUGGAGAGGUCAGAGCGGCUGCUCUUCAUCUUGGAUGGCGCAGACGAACUCCUGUUGCCGGGACCUGCAGAGGCAGCGACCUGCACGGACCCAUUUGUGGCAACCAGCGGCGCGCAGAUCCUGCGCGCACUGCUGAGCAAGGCGCUGCUACCCAAGGCCCGCCUGCUGGUGACGACGCGCGCCACGACGCCUGGGAAGCUGCAGGGCCAUCUGCGCGCCCCACAGUGUGCGGAGGUGCGCGGCUUCUCCGAUAAAGACAAGAAGAAGUACUUCUACAAAUUCUUCCGGGACGAGCGCAGGGCAGAGCGCGCCUAUCGCUUUGUGAAGGAAAAUGAGACCCUGUUCGCGCUGUGCUUUGUGCCCUUCGUGUGCUCGAUCGUGUGCUCCGUGCUGCGUCAGCAGCUGGAGCGCGGCGAGGACUUGUCGCGCACCUCCAAGACCACUACGUCCGUGUACCUGCUCUUCAUCGUGAGCCUGCUGUCUUGCGAGGCACCCGUCAACGAAACCGAGGUACAAGGCGAGCUGCGCAAGCUCUGCCGCCUGGCUCGGGAAGGCGUCCUAGGGCGCAGGGCGCAGUUCGCUGAGAAGGACCUGGAGCGACUGGAGCUGCGUAGCUCAAGAGUGCAGAAGCUGUUUCUCAUCAAGAAGGAGAUGCCAGGUGUGCUGGAAGCGGUGGUGGUCUACCAGUUCAUCGAUCAGAGCUUCCAGGAGUUCUUUGCCGCGCUGUCCUACCUGCUGGAGGAGGAAGGGGCCUCUGCGGCGCCAGCGGGCGGCGUGGGGGCGCUUCUGUGCGGGGACGCCGAGCUGCUGCGGGGCCACCUCACGCUUACCACGCGUUUCCUCUUCGGGUUGCUGAGCGCAGAGCGGAUGCGCGACAUCGAGCGCCACUUUGGCUGUGUGGUCUCUGAGCGCGUGAAGCAACAUGCCCUGCAGUGGGUGCAAAGGCAGGGCCGUUCGAUGGCGGCACCGGAGGGGACCUUGGAGAGCAACGGGCUGGAGGGGGCCAACGAGCCCGAGGAUGAGGAUGAGGAGCUCAACCAGCCGCUGGAGCUUUUGUACUGCCUGUACGAGACGCAGGAGGAUGAGUUCGUGCGCCAGGCCCUGCACGGCCUGCCGGAGUUGGUGCUGGAGAGAGUGCACUUUGGACGUAUGGACCUCCAGGUGCUGAGCUACUGCGUGCAACGAUGCCCAGAGGGCCAGGCGCUGCGGCUGCUCCGCUGCCGGCUGAGCGUGGUGCAGGAGAAGAAAAAGAAGAGUCUAGUGAAGUGGCUGUCUGGCAGCCUGGGCGGCGGGAAUUCCCGAGCCACUCAGAGACAACCAUCGGCCUCUCCACUGCGUCCACUCUGUGAAGCCAUGAUUGACCAGCGCUGCCAUCUGAGUAGCCUGACGCUGUCCUAUUGCAAGCUCCCAGACUCAGUCUGUCGAGACCUGGCUGAGGCCCUGAGGAUGGCUCCUGCCCUUACUGAGCUGACCCUCCAGCACAAUGGUCUUAGUGAAGUGGGCCUGCGAGUGCUGUGUGAGGGGCUGUCCUGGCCCAGCUGCCGCGUGCAGGUGCUCAGGGUGCAACAGCCUGGACUCCAGGAAGCACUCCAUUACCUAGUCAGCCUGCUCCGGCAGAGCCCGAGUCUGACCACCCUGGACCUCAGUGGCUGUCAGCUGCUUGGCUCCACUGUGACCUUCCUGUGUGCAACCCUGCAGCACUCCAGUUGCAAUCUGCAAGCCCUAAGGCUGGACUCUGUGGAGCUGAGUGAUCACUCACUGCAGGAGCUGCGGGAUAUGAAGAUGGCAAAGCCAGGCUUGAGCAUCACACACCCUGGACUGGAAGACAACCUGGAGCAACCCGAGGGGGUCAGUAGUGCCCUCUGA